GGAGAUCGCUGGUCUACAUUCAUUCUCACUCGCGUGAUUAUCGUCGAUGGUUGUUUUUCUUUUACUUUCCUGUGUGUCAUCGACAAAUAAUUAAAAUAAAAAAAAAGUUUUGUUUUUCUUGUUGAACAGAAAAAAAAGUUUACAAACUGAAAAUGUUGCUCAUUAUUCAGCAAUAUUUUAAGUCGAUAUUAAUAUCAUUUAAGCAGAGACCAUUAAAUACAUUUGCAAUUGAUCGAUAUAUGGAACUAUUUGGUGCACUUUUGUUUGGAUAUAUUGUGUUUUUUAUCGAAUUGACAUGUGCUUAUCUUUUUUAUCGCAUGAUUUUCUAUGGAGGUCCAUUAACUCAUCUCUUUCUCGCCGGCUAUAUAAUAUUCAUGAUAAUCGAUAGAAAAGCAGACAGAGAUUGCAGCAGGGGGCAAGGAUCUGAUUGGAUUCGAAAUAUGAAAAUAUUUAAAUAUACAUCGAAUUACUAUCCAGUAAAGCUAAUAAAAACAGCAAAUUUACCUGUAGAUAAAAAUUAUUUAUUUGCAGUCUUUCCACAUGGUGUGAUUUGUUGUGGCUGUUAUUGUAAUUUUGUCACGAAUGGAACAAACUUUCAUCAGCUCUUUCCAGGCAUUCGAUCACGUAUGGUAUCACUUACAUAUCAUUUUUAUAUUCCAUUCUAUCGUGAAUUGGUAUUAGCGUGGGGUGCAAUGUCAGCUAAAUAUGAGAGCAUUAAGAACGCAUUAGGACAAUCGACUGAUGAAAAUGCUCCAUUGAAUAUUAAGGAUGGAUAUAGGUCAAAUGCGGUAAUCUUAUCAGUUGGUGGUGCACAGGAAGCUAUGAAAUCCAAGCCAGGAGAGUACAAAAUAUAUUUGAAGAAAAGGAAGGGAUUUGUUAAGGCUGUGCUUGAGACUGGAGCUUCUUUAGUGCCUGUUUUUAGUUUUGGGGAGGUUGACGUCUACGAUCAAAUUGACGGACCAAAGAUCAGAAAAUUCCAAGUGAUUCUAAAGCGUCUCACAACAAUUGCUCCAAUCAUAUUUGUUGGACGAAGUUUCCUUCCAGUUGGUGGAAUUCCCUACAGAAAACCUAUCAACACAGUUAUUGGAGCACCAAUUGAAGUUACAAAGAAUCCAACACCAUCACAAAGUGAUAUUGAUAAUUUACAUGACAGAUUUAUGGGAGAAUUGGAGAAAUUAUUUGAGGAACAUAAGGGGAAGUAUCUUAAGAAUGCAAAGGAUGUUAAUUUAAUUAUUGAAUAAAGUGUGAAUGAUUUUUUAAGUGG